AGGAAGUAGUAGGAAACAUGUGAAUCAGUAACGUUAGCAUUAAAUGUUAUACACUGAUUUUGUUUACUUAAAUACACAAAUUACGUGAGUUAAUAUUUUUAGCGAGUGGUACAGUUUAAUAAUUUUUGUAUUUGUAUUGUGUAUUAACAGAAGCUUGGUUAUGUUGGGUCAAUAAUGUUUGUUUGUUAGUAAUGCGCUGAUUUGGAAAUGUUUUAGCAUUAGAAAACGGUGAAGUGAUUUUUCUGGAUAUUUUCGGAGUAAUGUCGGUGUAGAUGAAGGAGAGGUAGGAUGAAAUGGUUCAGGUGUCCAGCUCGACACGGUUACGCAGUGGAAGUGUCCCCGUUUCUCCCCAACACAUUGGCCUGCGCUACAGCUCAGUAUUAUGGCAUAGCAGGAUGCGGAACACUGUUGGUGCUGGAGCAGAGAGAAUCGGAUAUUUUGCUGAUGAGAAGCUUUGACUGGAACGAUGGGCUCUUUGACGUGACAUGGAGUGAGAACAACGAGCAUGUGCUGGUGACCGGAGCUGGUGAUGGUUCACUACAGAUUUGGGACACUGCCAACCUACAAGGGCCUAUCCGAGUGCUGAAAGAGCACACUCAAGAGGUGUAUGCAGUGGAUUGGAGCCAGACACGGACUGAGAAUCUGGUGGUGUCAGGAUCCUGGGAUCACACAGCCAAAGUGUGGGACCCAGAGCACCCUCAGUCUGUGUGCACACUUCAGGGUCACGAGGGAGUCGUGUACAGCACCAUCUGGUCUCCACACAUCCCAGCCUGCUUCGCCUCAACCUCGGGAGAUGGCACGCUGAGAGUUUGGGACUUGAAAGCAGGCUUGUGUCGACUGGCCAUUCCAGCACACAAAGCCGAGAUCCUUAGCUGUGAUUGGUGCAAAUAUGACCAGAAUGUUUUGGCAACAGGAGCCGUUGACUGCAGUGUGUGUGUGUGGGAUCUGCGUAACAUCCACCAGCCUGUAGCUCAAAUGCUGGGCCAUUCCUAUGCCAUCCGGAGAGUAAAGUUUUCACCGUUUUACAAGACCAUGCUGGCGUCCUGCUCCUAUGACUUCACAGUCAGGGUCUGGGAUUUCUCCAGGAGUCCACCGCUGCUCGACACCGUGGAGCACCACUCGGAGUUUGUGUGUGGCCUGGACUUCAACCUGCACAACCCCAACCAGAUGGUGGACUGUUCCUGGGAUGAAACUAUAAAAAUCUACACCCCUCCAUGUCUGGCUGCUACGCAACCCAGUUCGGCGUAAAGACGAGAACAUCCUGACUGCAACAGGGCUUUGAAUCUAGAGGUUUGCCAUUGCACUCUUUCGAAAGGAGAAAAACAUCCCAUGUGACAAAUACAGUGUGAAACAGACUCAUUAAAGCUGCUGAUGAGAGUUUACAAAACAAGUUUUCUAAUCAGAGUGAACCUGAUGAGAAGUCAGUCUUGAAGUCAGUGUGUAAAUCUGUUGAUAGUGUAAAAUCUCACAAAAAAAAAAAAGACACUUUACUGGUCCACAUGUAGGUUCAGAUUCCUUGAUAAAGGUUGAUGAUAAGCAUGGUGGUACCUUUUUGGUGAUGCAUAUACAAUAUGGAAACUCCUAAUGACUGCUCAAUAAUAGUGUAUUAUGGAAAGUGACUCAUCUAAAUAACAAUUAACAUUUCAAAUUUUUUUUUAAAGAUAUUUUUUGGGCUUUUUUCACCUUUAUUGGAUAGGAUAGUGUAGAGACAGGAAAUGAGUGGGAGAGAGAGACAGGGAGGGAUCGGGAAAUGACCUCAGGUCGGAAUGAAACCCGGGUCCCCGGAUUUAUGGUAUGGCGCCUUAUCCACCUGAGCCACAAUGCCCCCAACGUUUCUAAUUUUUAAUUGGAAUGAAAAUUGACAUUUUCUUCUGUGUAUACGUCUAAAUCCUGCAGACAUAUGAAGGUACUUCAAAAAGUUCUCGGCUUCACCCAGAAAACGUCCAAGGGAAAGAUUGUUCUUGCGUUAUUUUUCAACAUGGUCUCCUUUAACUUUGGCCCGCCGAUGGUCAAGCUUUGCUAUCCCUUUGCAGAAAGUGGUCAUAUCUUGAGCCUCCAGAUCCUCCUCAACAGCAUGAAUGACUUCAUUAUCAUUCUGAAAAUGAUGACCAUGUGAGUGGAAUUUCAGUUUGGGAAACAGAUAGAAGUCAGGCGGUGCCAGUUCAGGUGAGGAAGGUGCAUGGGGCAACAGUUCAAAGCCACAAUUGGCUGCUUCUGCAUUGUCCUGGAGCAAGAGCACACCAGCUCUCCUUUCUUCUUUGAUUGUUUCAGUUGUCAAAAUUCUGAGUUUUUGUGGACAGUGAUAUAAGGCUUUAUAGUAUAAGUUUUGCCCCAAAAUGGGAGUUACGCUCCUUGUUUCCAGGUGAGGCCAAGAAUUUUUUUGAAGUACCUUUGUCCUUGAACUGAAAUGUGUUUUUCUUUUGCAUGUAUCUCAAUCAGAAGUAACAUCAUAGCAAUUUCAUGGAGCACGGUGGCCAUUUUGACAGCCAGUGUCUGAUUACAAACUGAACUGAUUAGUCUUGUGUGUACAACAGCUUGAUUAAAGUGUGACGUUGACUGUGUGAGGAAACCAUACUUAGCUAGCAAGGUUUUAGACUCACUGUUUUUACGACAGUUUUUCAUUUACUAGUUCACAAAUCAGAGACAUUAAGAGCUGCUAACAAGAGUAGUACUGCUUUUCACAGUGGGGAAACUGAGCCUACAAAUAAAGACUCGGAUCUUGUCUUUGAUUGUGAUCAUGUAUGUAUGUAUGUAUGUAUGUAUGUUUAGAGCACAUUUUCUGUUUAAUUGAUUUUGUGCUACAACACUGCAGGUGAUGAUCUUGUAUUAGGAAUAUAAACUGGCUCUUUAUCCAACAUGAUGCUUGCAAGAUUCUGAAUAUAUAUAAUUAAAAAAAAUUUCCACAUAAUUUUAGUGAAAUAUAGUUCUAGUUUCUUAAAUUAUAUGCUGUAGCAGUAAGCUUUGUUCCAUCUUUUUUUAUUGUCUCCAAGAAUUCCACCACAGCGACAUCUAACAGGUUUUCUGCUCUUUUUGUCUAUUUUUAACAGAUGAAAAAUCGAGUAUCUUUAUAUCCUGGAUGUGUUUAAAGUUUAGAAAAAAUAAAAGUACAUUUACUGGU